AUGGCUGGUAUAUACGGCUACAAUGAUAGGCGAUCCACUCCACCACCUGCUGACGGUGGUUCCAGCGGUGAUAGAUACAGUAGCUCAUCAACAGGUGGUAGUGGUGGAUACGGUGGUUUAGGAGGCGGUAGAGGAUACGGUGGUGUAUAUGUUGGUUAUAGCAAUGGAAGAUCAGCUCUGCUACCUGCUGAUGGAGGAUACACAGGCUUCGGCGGUGAUAGAUACAACGACUCAUCCAGCGGUGUCAGUGGUAGAUACGGUGGUUCCGAUGGCUGUGGUGGAUGCGGCAGUGGUGAAUAUAGUGGAUACCGUGGUUUUGGCAGCGGCGGUGGUGGAUACGGUGGUACGGGAGGUACUGGUGGUAGAUAUGGUGGUACAGGUGGCACCGGUGGUGGAUACGGUGGUUCUGGUGGUGGCGGUGGCUUAGCAUAA